AUGGACCUUCUCACUGCAUCUGUGGUGAUAACACACUGUAUGGACCUUCUCUCAUCUGUAAUAAUAGUAACACACUGUAUGGACCUUCUCACACCAUCUGUAAGCACACUGUAUGAACCUUCUCAUACCAUCUGUAAUAAUAACAAACUGUAUGGACCUUCUCACACCAUCUGUAAUAAUAACAAGCUUACACUGUAUGGACCCAGCUACUCCACCAUCUGUAAUAAUAACACACUGUAUGAAUCUUCUCACACCAUCUGUAAUAAUAACACACUGUAUGGACCUUCUCACACCAUCUGUAAUAAUAACAACACACUGUAUGGAUCUUUUCACACCAUCUGUAAUAAUAACACACUGUAUGGACCUUCUCUCACCAUCUGUAAUAAUAAAACUGUAUGGACCUUCUCUCACCAUCUGUAA